GAAGAGCAAACCAAGAAUGAGCCAGCCCUGUAACACAGCAAGGCCUCCAAGUCUGAGCCCCUCCGCCGCCCUUUUACCUGACUCCUCUGUGGGGCUCACGAGGGCGGUAGACUUGGACCUGAAAAGCCACCCACCACUUCUUCGGGAUCAUGAAGGGAUGCUUGUGGUACAGGCUUAUCUAUUGUGGGGCUAGGAAUGGGGUGACAAGAUGAAACUGAGAAAAAUCAGGCAAGGAAGGGAGAAAGACAAACUUCUCAGGUGUGAGAACGUGGGUGCUACACAUCCACUGUCAAUGUGGGCUCCCUUCCCAAAAUUCAGCCAGAGACUUCCCGAGAAGGAAGCACUUGGGGGUUUGGAGUUGCAUCUUGCCUGUUGUACGCAAGGGAAAACCAAGCAGGAGAGAAUACAAUUUGUACAAGGUCACUCGGCUAGCACAGCACAGAGCUGACCCCCUCCCCCGCCCUGUUUGCAGAACUUGGCUUCGGUGUUCUCUGAUUCCACACUCAGCAGGGUCUUUCUGCCUACUCAGGGACCCUCUGCUUCUACGCAGUUUCCCUUGCUGGAAAAGACGCAGUCUCCACUUCCGGUCUUGGCCUCUGGACUUUUUGGAGAGCUCCAAGUUCCCCUCCCAUCCUGUGUUCCCUUUCUCCUUCUGCAGUUUCCCAUGUCCCCUCAGCGUAGCUCUGCAGUCCUUUCAAAUUCCACACCCCCCUUUCCUACCCCGAUGUCAGCGGUAGAGUUCCUUAAGCCCCUCUUGGGUGGCUGCUCUAACUAUCGGGAACACUGCACCUCCAGCAAGGGGGUCCUCAUUUAUCCUCGGUAGCGUCCCUCACGCAACGUCAUUCAGAAUUCCUCCAUGGGUGGUUGUGGUCUCUGUACUCCUCAUCUCAAGGUCUUCUCUAUUAGAGAAUCUUGUGUCGUCUCUCAUGAGGGGUCCUCUCGUACUAAUCACUGCAGAGUCUCCCAUUGCUUCAACUCGCAAGCACCCUGCCCCACCAGUUCUCAAGCCCUCUUCCUAUUUCAGGGGCCCUCUAAUUCUGAGCACACCAAUAAGGGUCUUCCUACAUGCACCUGGAGGUCUGCACUUGUCCGCUCCGGAAGUCCUUUACUCCUUGGUCUGACCUCGGGAGGCUUCGCUGAAGAUGAGACGAUUCCCCUUCGCUCUUGGGUCCCCCCCCCCCGCCCCGCCCCUCUCACUGCGGCGGAGCCGGAGCCGGUCGGCCCGGGGCCGCGGGGGAGGAGGUGGAGAGGGCGGGGCCCUCUUCCCCAGCCCCCCACUGCCGAGGGGCCGGACGCGGCCACCGCGGAUAUAAAAGAGCCAGCGUCCCGGAGCUGCCGCAGUGCUACCCGCCCCGGCCCCUCGCUCCCGCUCUGCCGGCGGCCGCACCUGCUUCGGCCAUGAUGAGCUUCGGCGGCGCCGAUGCGCUGCUGGGCUCCCCGUUCGCUCCGCUGCACGGAGGCGGUAGCCUGCACUAUGCGCUGGGCCGCAAGGCGGGCACCGGCGGUCCGCGCUCCGCGGCCGGCUCCUCCAGCGGCUUCCACUCGUGGGCGCGGACGUCUGUGAGUUCCGUGUCCGCCUCGCCCAGCCGCUUCCGCGGAGCCGGCGCCGCCUCGAGCACCGACUCCCUAGACACACUAAGCAACGGGCCGGAGGGCUGCGUGGUGGUGGCGACGGCGGCGCGCAGCGAAAAGGAGCAGCUGCAGGCUCUGAACGACCGCUUCGCGGGCUACAUCGACAAGGUGAGGCAGCUCGAGGCGCACAACCGCAGCCUGGAGGGCGAGGCGGCGGCGCUGCGACAGCAGCAAGCCGGCCGAGCCGCCAUGGGCGAGCUGUACGAUCGCGAAGUGCGCGAGAUGCGUGGCGCCGUGCUGCGCCUGGGGGCGGCGCGCGGGCAGCUGCGCCUGGAGCAGGAGCACCUGCUGGAGGACAUCGCGCACGUGCGACAGCGGCUGGACGAAGAGGCCCGGCAGCGCGAGGAGGCGGAGGCGGCGGCGCGCGCCCUAGCGCGCUUCGCGCAGGAGGCGGAGGCGGCGCGCGUGGAGCUGCAGAAGAAGGCGCAGGCGCUGCAGGAGGAGUGCGGCUACCUGCGGCGCCACCACCAGGAGGAGGUGGGCGAGCUGCUCGGGCAGAUCCAGGGCUGCGGUGCCGCGCAAGCGCAGGCGCACGCCGAAGCGCGCGAUGCCCUCAAGUGCGACGUGACGUCGGCCCUGCGGGAGAUCCGUGCGCAGCUCGAAGGCCAUGCGGUGCAGAGCACGCUGCAGUCGGAGGAGUGGUUCCGAGUGAGGUUGGACCGACUGUCAGAGGCAGCCAAGGUGAACACAGAUGCCAUGCGCUCGGCACAGGAGGAGAUAACAGAGUACCGGCGGCAGCUGCAAGCCAGGACCACAGAGUUGGAGGCACUGAAAAGCACCAAGGAAUCACUGGAGAGGCAGCGCUCUGAGCUAGAGGACCGUCAUCAGGCAGACAUCGCAUCCUACCAGGAUGCUAUUCAGCAGCUGGACAAUGAGCUGAGAAACACCAAGUGGGAGAUGGCAGCGCAGCUCCGGGAGUACCAGGACCUGCUCAAUGUCAAGAUGGCCCUGGAUAUCGAGAUUGCUGCCUACAGAAAGCUUCUGGAAGGCGAAGAGUGUCGGAUUGGCUUUGGUCCAAGUCCCUUCUCUCUUACCGAGGCACUCCCGAAAAUUCCCUCCACAUCCACUCACAUAAAGGUCAAAAGUGAAGAGAUGAUAAAAGUGGUAGAGAAGUCAGAGAAGGAAACAGUGAUUGUGGAGGAGCAGACAGAAGAGAUCCAGGUGACUGAAGAAGUGACCGAAGAGGAGGAAAAAGAGGCCAAAGAGGAGGAAGAAGGUGAAGAAGAGAUAGAAGGAGGAGGAGAAGUAACAUCUCCCCCUGCAGAAGAGGCCGCAUCUCCAGAAAAGGAAACCAAGCCUCCUGUGAAGGAAGAGGCCAAGUCACCAACUGAGACCAAGUCACCAGCUGAGGUAUCUCCAGAGAAGGCCAAGACCCCAGUGAAGGAAGGUGCAACAUCCCCAGCAGAGGAGUCCAAGUCUCCUGUAAAGGAAGGAGUGAAGUCCCCAGCUGAAGUAAAAUCUCCAGAGAAGGCCAAGUCCCCAGUCAAGGAAGAAGCAACAUCCCCAGUUCAAGCCAAGUCCCCGGAGAAGGAACAGGCAAAAUCACCAGCAGUGGUCAAGUCUCCUGAGAAGGCCAAGUCCCCUGUGAAGGAAGAGGUCAAGCCUCCAGCUGAGGUGAAAUCCCCUGAGAAGGCUAAGAGCCCAGUGAAGGAGGAAUUGAAGUCUCCUGAGAAGGCCAAGACUCUUGAUGUGAAAUCUCCAGAAGCCAAGACUCCAGGGAAGGAGGAAGUAAAGUACCCUGCAGACACCAAAUCUCCCCAGCAGGCCAAAAGUCCUGCCAAGGAGGAGGUCAAGUCCCCAGAGAAAGUGAAGUCCCCUGAGAAGGAAGCUCCCAAGAAGGAAGAGGUGAAGUCUCCUGUGAAGGAGGAGGUGAAAGCCAAAGAACCCCCAAAGAAAGUGGAGGAAGAGAAGACCCCUACUACACCAAAAACGGAGGAGAAGACGAUCAAGAAAGAUGAACCACCCAAGAAGGAGGCGCCAAAGCCCAAGGUGGAGGAGAAGGCCGCUACAGUGGAAGCCAAGAAGGAAGAGUCUGGAGAGAAGAAAAAAGCAGCGACCCCAGAAAAGGAGACUCCUGCCAAGACAGAGGUGAAGGAAGAGAAGACAGAGAUGCCCAAGGCAGAAGCAGAUGACACCAAGGCCAAAGAACCCAGCAAACCCGCAGAGAAGGAAAAGCCACAGAAAGAAGAGAUGCCGGCAGCACCAGAGAAGAAAGACAGCAAGGAAGAGAAGGCCACAGAGUCCAAGAAGCCUGAGGAGAAGCCCAAGACAGAGGCCAAGGCCAAGGAGGAUGACAAGAGCCUUUCCAAAGAGUCUGGCAAACCCAAGACGGAAAAGGCAGAAAAAUCCUCUAGCACAGACCAAAAAGAUAGCCAGCCCCCAGAGAAGACCACAGAGGAUAAGGCUAUCAAGGGGGAGAAGUAGGCUGACACAGGAACACCAGAACAGCCAAAGAAACUCAGGAGGGUCCCGGUACUUAAGGGUCAGUGCAAUAAGUUUUAUUUCUUCCUUUCCUCUCUGUAAGAAGCAGCAGUGUUUAGAUGACGGGUUUGCCCUCACCAAACAGGAAUUUCUAGUAGGAUUAAGUUAGCAAGAGAAGAUCCUGAGCCCUGACCCCCCACAUCCCAAGCCCACCUCAGGUGAUGGACAAUUAUGAUAGCUUAUUGUAGCCGAACGUGAUGUAUGCUGAAUGCUACAUGAAAACCACUUGACUAAAAACUGCCCCCUCCUUUCCAAAUAAGUGCAUUUACUUCCUGUAUGUACAAUGACAGAUGGCCGCAAUAAUGAAUGAGCAGUUAGAAAUGCAUUAUGCUUGAAAUGUAACCUAUUCCCGAAUGCCUUCUUGUUUUCCAAAGGAGUGGUCAGGCCCUUCCCCAGCACUCUCCUGGAAGAGCUGCAGCAGGUGAAGCAGGGCACUGGCCACGGAACCAUGCCAGGGCGCACUUUCCACUGAGUCCACUUUCAAUUGCUUCUGUGCAAUAAAACCAAAUGCUUCUAA